AUGACCACGAAUCGAAUUUUUCAAGGUUCUUCCCUGUUGUUCGUAAGGCUUUCGACUACCCGUAACGCAGUUACGCAUAAUCACUUCCAUAAACAUUAUUCCAAUAGAUUUUCAAUACCAUUAGACAAGAAUAAAGCUUCAAAGGUCAAAUAUCUAAGAUAUAUUACUGGUUCAAUAGUCAUUUCGGGAAUCGGUAGUUCAAUUUAUUAUUAUUUUCAAAAGGAAAAACGACCAAUCAAUAAUUUGGAUAAUCAACAACAUAAGAUAAUUCUCUCUCCGACUGAAGCUACAUUAAAGCUGCGUGAAAAUCAGUUAUCAUUUUUGCUGCACCGUAAUAACGGCGUCUACCGGUAUGAUACAAAUCAAUUGGCAUCAAAUAGUCCAAUAGAAGAUACAAAAUACGAAGAAAUCGAUUCAAGCACGAAAAAUGAUGGAGAUAGAUUGUUUUUUGGAGUAUUUGACGGACACAGUGGCUGGAAUACUUCAAAAUUACUGAGUAAAAAAUUGGUACCGACUGUCAAAGAACAACUUAAUAAAGCAUAUGAUGGGUGUGGUGAAUAUGCUAAAUUAUUUCAUAACAAAGGAGAAUUGGUUAAAAAAGCUAUUCAGAAGGGGUUCGUUGAGUUGGAUGAGGAAAUCGUUUUUCAUUCAAUUGAUAGAUUAUUGAAUACUCCAACAAACGAACCAGGAGGAAUUUCUUAUAUUAAUGAAAGCCUGUUAUCAGCAUUGUCAGGUUCGUGUGCAUUAUUGGCGUAUAUUGAAACAGCUACAAAUGACCUUUACAUUGCCUGUACUGGUGAUUCAAGAGCAAUUAUGGGUGUCAAAGACUCAACUGGAGAGUGGAAGGCACUACAGUUAAGUGAAGAUCAGACAGGUAGAAAUGAAAAUGAAGUAAGCAGGUUAAGUGAGGAACAUCCAGGAGAAAGUAAUAUCAUUACCAACGGUAGAGUGUUUGGCGGGUUGGAACCCACUCGUGCCUUUGGUGAUGCAAAAUACAAGUGGGAUCGAAAUUUACAGGAAAUCAUAUAUACCAAAUUUUUCAAAGAAAAGCGUAAAGUUCCAGGAAAUGAUAAAUUUAGGACUCCGCCCUAUGUCAUUGCACGUCCAGAAGUUAUACAUCAUAAAAUUGAAGCAGAUGACAAAUUUUUGGUUUUAGCCACUGAUGGACUUUGGGAGAAACUAUCGAAUACAGAAGUAAUAGAACUUGUAGGACGUUUAAUUGAUGAGAGAAGGAAUGGAAAAGACGGUGAUGAUUCAAAAGAGUUGAUUAUGAGUAAAUCCAAAAAGGCGUUUGCUUUUGUAGAUGAAAAUGCAUCGACACAUUUGAUACGUAAUGCUCUUGGCGGGGCUUCCGAAGAUGCUCUGUGCGCAAUUUUAUCUCUUCCUGCACCUAUGUCCAGAAGAUGGCGUGAUGAUAUUACUGUCACUGUAGUAUUUUUCGGAAAGGAUUGA